AUGGACCACCACCACCACCUCCACCUCCACGACGGCGCAGUGCAGGCUAGCCAUGGCGGCCACCGUGGUGGCGGUGGCGAGGGGGGUGAGCCGGCGAGGUCGCGGUGGGCGCCCAAGCCGGAGCAGAUCCUGAUCCUGGAGUCCAUCUUCAACAGCGGCAUGGUGAACCCGGCCAAGGACGAGACGGCGCGCAUCCGCCGCCUCCUCGAGCGCUUCGGCGCCGUCCGCGACGCCAACGUCUUCUACUGGUUCCAGAACCGCCGCUCCCGCUCCCGCCGCCGCGCGCGCCAGCUCCAGCAGGCCUGCGGCGCCGCCGCCGCCCUGCAUCAGCUCCCAUCCGCCGCCGCCGCCGCCGGAGGUGGUGGAGGAGGAGGAGGAGGUUACUACCACCACCACGACGUCUUAGGCCACCACCACUCUCCUCCUUUCCUCAUGCACGGCGGCUGCGUGGUCACCUCCGCCACGGCCGCGCCCGUGCCACCGGCGGCGGCCUCCGCUAACUUCUUGGCGGACGACCUCGACGCCGGCGGUGACGACGACCUCUUCGCCAUCUCCCGGCAGAUGGCCCUCAUGGCUCGCGGCGCCGGCGCCGGCGACGACCACCACUACAGCAGCUACGCGGACAACGACUCAACCCAGCUCAGCUACCACCAACCAACAACCGGGACGAUCCAAGUGUUCAUCAAUGGCGUCGCAUACGAUGUGCCGAGCGGCGGGGCACUGGACAUGGCCGGCACGUUCGGCCGCGACGCGAUGCUGGUGCACUCCUCCGGCGAGGUCCUGCCGGUGGACGAGCACGGCGUCCUCAUCAAGAGCUUGCAGAUGGGGGAAUGCUAUUACCUGGUUGGUGAAUUAAUCGAACCAUGCAUGUUCGUUUCGAUUAAUUAA